AUGCGUAUAGUCACUUGGAAUGUUAAGGGGCUCCGUUCCCCUGAGAAGAGAUUGAUGGUUCUCCGACAACUGAAAAGAUUGAAAGCAGACAUUGCAUUGCUGCAAGAGACACGUCUGGUUGAGGGGGAGUGGAACAGAAUGCGCAAACUCUGGGUGGGUUCAGUUCAUGGUUCAUCAGCCAAUGGUAGAUCUUCUGGGGUAAUCACUCUAAUUCACAAAUCUUUGCCACACAAGGUACUUUCUUUAGCGCCAGAUGAGGAAGGUCGUUUACUGCAAAUGACUAUCGAUACACCAUGUGGCCUAUUAGAAGUGUUUGAUGUCUAUGGACCAAAUGAUGAUAAUAGAGAUUUCUUUAUGAAACUAGAAACUCGAUUGGCAACUCAAACAACAGGAAUACACAUGGUAGGAGGAGAUUUCAACUCUGUAGUAGAUCAGGACAUUGAUAGAAGCCGGGAUCUAACGUCACAAAAACAACCACAAAAAUCAAGUCAGGAUAAUACUCUUGGUACAUUUAUAGAAUCUACAAGAUCAGUAGACUCGUGGAGAUAUCUACAUCCAGAUGGGGAGGGAGUAUUCUUUCUAUUCUAA